AUGCAACCCAGGGGUCUGUCUGCAGGUCGGAUAUCCCAAGUUAUUGUUGGAGAUGAGCAACGGCAAUACCUCUUGGUGAUUGGGCGUGAUGUAGAUGGUGUCCAGUUAGCUCAGCGUUUGGCUCAGGCAAAUGAGAUUGUCCUGUCCUGGAACUGCUGGAAGCUCUGUGAGCAGUACAUGUUUGAAGUGGAAAUCAUGAGGGAGGAUGAAGCUGUGAAGUUAAGAGAUAUGCGGAUCAUUAACCCAUUUGAUUUUGAUGAGCAUUUUGACAAGUGCCUUGAUUAUCUGCCACAUUACCGUACAAGUGCUGAUACACUAAGAACUGCCCUGGAAUUGGAUCCAGACUCUGCACUUGAGCGAACACUGCGGAAAUACAUAAUGAAAAACCUUUUGAAGAAGAUUGAUGAAGGCCAACCUAUGGAGUAUGUAUCUGAAUUCCGUACAGUGACUAUGGUUUUGGUGAAUCUUGAGUUCCAUAAGACAGCGUGGAUGUUGCAUUUGUGUCAUCUUAUCCAGGAGGCUGCCUUAUAUAUCUCUACAGUCAUUGAGAAAGGUGGUGGCCAGUUAAGCCGGAUCUUUAUGUUUGAGAAAGUAAGUAUUAAAGGUGAGUGAGAAAUAAUACAUCUUGUACGAUUUGUUUAUCACCCAUGUAACACAAGUGUAAAUCAGAUUUCCUGCUGCUUAUUUUGUAGGCCUCUAUAUAACAUUAAAACUUCAAGUAAUGUAAGUUAAGAAAUGCCAUGUUAUCGUUAGUUUAAUUUUCAGGGUUACUGAAGAUUUUAUUCAGUUCUUGUUGAAAAAGCCUUGGGAAAGCAUUAGGAGUGUUUUACUGGAUCUAAUAACAAAGUAAAUAAUCAUAUUUUUCUCAACCAAUUGAGCUUGAAAAAGAGCAACAUAUUAAUACUUGACAUUAUAGGCAAAGAAAAUGUGGGCAGAUAGACUUAACACUAGCAAUUGCAUGUUUUUUUAUUUGUUUUUUUGUUUGUUUUGAGACAGGAUCUUGCUGUGUUGUCCAGCCUGGCCUCAAACUUGGGUUCCUUUCAAUCCUUUCAAGUAACUAGUACCCUAAACAUACACUACUGUACCUGGCUUGAAUGGUUCUUU